AUGUCUCUUCAACCGAUCAAGAUCUGGGGUCACUGGGGUGGUCCUAACCCAUGGAAAGUAAUCAUAUUGCUCGAAGAGCUAGCUCUUCCUUAUGAGCUCAGACUGGUCGAAUUUUCCGAUGUCAAGAAGCCCGAGUACCUCGAGGUCACCCCCAACGGACGCUUACCUACCAUCAAGGAUCCAAAUACUGGAAUCCUUCUCUGGGAGAGCGCUGCAAUCAUUCUCUAUCUAAUUGAGCAGUACGACAAGGAAGGCAAGCUAUCCUAUAACCAGCUUCCUGAGAGAUACCUGACCCAGCAAUGGCUGGCCUUCCAAGCCUCCGGCCAAGGUCCCUAUUACGGCCAGGCAACCUGGUUCGCUCGCUUCCACCCCGAGAAACUCCCCUCGGCUACCGAGCGAUAUGUCAAUGAGGUCAUCCGAGUGAUCGGGGUCCUAGAGGAAGGCUUGGCUCGAAACGGCACAGGCUGGCUGGUCGGCGACAAGUGUACUUAUGCUGAUUUGUCUUUCAUUACUUGGAAUGGUGUCGGUGAAGGCCUGUUGCAGGAAUUGAACAAGGCGGAUAAGCUGGAAGAGGAUUAUCCCAGGUACACUGCGUGGAUGAAGUCGUUGAAAGGAAGAGAAAAGGUGGCCAGGUGCAUGGCUCUUAUUGCUGAGGCCCGGGUUGCGCAUGGGUUGAGGUAG